CCGGUUUUGACAGCCAUAUUGGAUCACCACACCCAAUAGUUCUCGGAGAAAACCUUGGCUAAAAGGUUGCUUUCGGGGUAUUUCCCUACCCCUUAGGUGUGGUACAUCAAGCCAAGUCUGCAACCAUGGAAUUGGAGAACAUUGUUGCGAACACGGUGUACUUAAAAGCCAGAGAAGGGGGUGGAGGUAAACGCAAAGGAAAGAGCAAGAAAUGGAAGCAAAUUCUUAAGCUGCCUCAUAUUACAGUGUGCAUAGACCAGAAAAAUAAAAUUCCAUUGACAUAUGACUUCAUUGUUGACAAUCAGCCAAUUGGGAAGCUGAUGUUCUGUUGUUACUGCAACUCAAAGCCACAUUUGCACAAUUGCAUCUCAUUCCUGGAUGCUGUGGAAGAAUAUGAAAUUGCCCAGGAUGAGAAAAAAUCAGGUCUUGCACAAGAAGUGUUUAACAAAUACCUCAGGGACCCAGAGUUCACUAGUUCAUCAGUAACUAACCAUCUUAAUAGUGAUCUAGUCAGCAACUGCAAAGAAUUACUUGUAUUAAAUAGUAUAGAAAAUAACAAUAUAUUCGAAGAGUGUCGCAAAGUUAUAAAACAGUACCUCUCUAAAGAGCCAUUCUCAGAGUUUCUUGAAGCACAGUAUUUUAAAAGAUACCUCCAGUGGAAGUGGCUGGAAGCUCAGCCAGUGACGAAAAAUACAUUUAGAAUGUACCGAGUUCUCGGAAAAGGGGGCUUCGGGGAGGUAUGUGCUUGCCAAGUUAGGGCUACCGGCAAAAUGUAUGCCUGCAAAAAGUUAGAGAAAAAGCGAAUAAAGAAGCGCAAAGGGGAAGCAAUGGCUUUGAAUGAGAAACAGAUACUACAGAAGGUCAAUUCUAGAUUUGUAGUUAGUUUAGCCUAUGCAUUUGAAACUAAAGAGGCCCUGUGCCUGGUGCUUACAAUUAUGAAUGGUGGAGACCUCAAGUUUCACAUACACAAUAUGGGAAACCCAGGUUUUGAAGAGGAGAGGGCAUUAUUUUACGCAGCAGAAAUCUCAUGCGGGUUGCAGGCGCUUCAUGAAAAGAGAAUUGUAUAUAGAGACCUCAAGCCUGAAAACAUAUUACUUGAUGAUGACGGUCACGUGCGGAUCUCAGACCUGGGUCUGGCUGUUGAAAUUCCUGAGGGUGAGGCCAUCAGAGGCAGGGUGGGAACAGUAGGCUACAUGGCUCCCGAGGUUGUAAAAAAUGAAAAGUACACAUUCAGCCCUGACUGGUGGGGUUUGGGGUGCAUCAUAUAUGAGAUGAUCGAAGGUAAGGCACCCUUCAGGGCCAGGAAAGAGAAGGUGAAGAGAGAGGAAGUGGACAGGCGUGUCAAAGAAGAUGUCGAAGUCUACUCAGAAAAAUUCACGGAUGAUUGCAAGGAUAUAUGUAUGCAGCUUUUACAAAAAGAUCCCCAUGAAAGACUGGGGUGUACUGGGCGCGGGUCAAAAGAGGUGCAGGCACACCGAUUUUUAAAAACAAUAAACUGGAAGAGACUCCAUGCAGGCCUAACAGAACCACCAUUCAAACCUGAUCCACGGGCGGUGUAUUGCAAAGAUGUACUGGACAUAGAACAGUUUUCUACAGUGAAGGGCGUUAAUUUAGACGCAAGUGAUGAUACAUUCUACAGUAAAUUCAACACUGGGUGUGUCACUAUACCAUGGCAAUCCGAGCUUAUAGAGAUGGACUGUUAUAAAGAGAUCAAUGUCUGGGCACCAGAUGGUGGCCCCACUCCUGACCUCAUAGAAGAUCUGCCCCCUCCCCCACCCAGGAGGAGCUUUUUCGACAGAAUAUUCAAACGGAGGCAUAGGGACCAACGUAGCUAGGCAAUAGAUGGUGUGCUACAGCUAGAAGGCAAACAUGGCAGAGCAACUAGCCAAUCACUUCAUCCCAUUUGGGACAGGAAUGACACACCCCAAAUAAUGGGCACAAAUGUAUGUGAGAUUGACAUGUGUCGUAUGCCACACAUAAAUGUUUCAAAUACGACAAUAUUUAUUUCUUUUUAUGCUGAUCAUGCCUGGUGUAUGUGAUUGUGGUUUCAAUACUAUCUAUGUUGUAAAUAAGCAGCCAUUAUUUUGAGCACGAAUAAGCAGUGUUACUAUGGCAACAGACUAUAACUGUUUCCAUGACAGCUAAGUAGCAUUACUAUAGCAACAAGGGUUACCGAGGCAACAUUGGAUGUUGUUCGUAGCCAAUUGAAGAUACAACAGUAUUCUAAAGUAAGGAGAUUAAGUGGCAAGGAUUAUACAUUGUACAGAACGGAUUACACAGUAAACAUAUGUUGUGCAGAAUUCAGUGGAUAAAAGAUACAAAGUUGAUUGUUGAAUAUUUAUACUGUGGAUAAGGGAUAUCACAGCGAAGUUUGACAAUAAAGAAUGUAGCGAAUACAGUACUAUGUAAAUGCUAAAUGGGAUCACAGUCAGUAAAACAUUGCACAUAUGUGUAAUACACAGUUGGUACAAUAUUGCACAUAUAGCUGGAUUACACCGCGUAUACAUGACUGCACAUAGAUGGAUUAUACGUGAAAUACAGCAUGUUCAGGGGGAUCCAGUGAGGAUUCAGAAGUAGUCAGCACGCAGUACUGCAAACCAAACUGAAAAUCAUUUUCACAUGUAUUUAAUUCUCCAUCACAUGGCCAUACCAUACCCAUAGUCAUAUACUUGCUGUUAUUUUCUUUAAAUUAUUUACUUGUAAACCUAGGCUGAUUUUUUAAUUAAAUCAUGCUUCUCAAGAUCACUCAUCUUCUAAUUUUCAAUGUAGUCUGCUAUGUUAUGUAAUAUAACGUGUAAUGUUACAUGUAACAGGGUUACUAGAUCAUACAGUUAAGUAUAUGCCAACAUGAACAAAAUAAGCUUGUAGAAUAUAAACCCCAUUUCAUAAAAUAUACAGAUUGUACAAUAUUAGUCAAAUUCUACAAUGGUAGAUCAGUUGUACAGAACUAGAACAAGUCAGAUUGUACAAUAAAGCCAAAAUAAUAUGCAGCGCUGUCAGAUGAAGCUGCACAUUUGUACAGCUCUGCAUCAAACAUAUUGUACAGUAUUGGAGAUUGCCAGCAUUAUCAAGGGACCCCCUACUACCCACUUUAUAUCUGUAGUUCCCUGGUAUUGGUAUUAUGUGUAACCAACUUACAUGACUUAGUCCUAGAAAGUAGGAUAUCACCAUGAGUCUUAUGAGAAUAGUUCAGAAAAGCCAAGCAUUCAAGAUGACAUUUUUGCAGCCUUUAGAGAUUUAAUAGAAGUAUUAAAUACCAGAAACUUUAAGGGAACGCUGUGCUCAAAUACUUUUAUGUUACUACCUUAUAUACACUACUUGAUAAUUAUUAGACCCAUCAAACAAAAUGUUUGGCAAUAGUUAAAAUGAUUGAAUAAAAAAGUGUUAUUUUGACCUACUUUCAUUCAAAAGGGCUGCUCAAAUGCAUUAUAAUACAGAAAAACAGAAAAAAUUUGUUUUUUUGAAGUUUGAAAAUCUAAUUUUGACAUUGUCUUAAAACAGGUGAAAAGAUAGUGGAUUGAAACCACACUGAAAUAAAUAUGAACACUUUCAGUAGAACUGACCUCAGAAUAGUGUUUCUCUUAUGUAGAGUGUUCCCCUUAAUAGGUUUUCUGUAAUAUACUUCACACUUUUGGAAAGAUAUAGGGGUAGCAUUUUUGCAAAAUUUGGCCAUGUCAAUAGAAGAUCAUGCAGAAAGACAUCAAAGGUCAUUGAAUCGUAUUAGGAAUGAUUAACUUUUACUCAUAAACGACCAUGGUUUAGUUAAAAUUGCUAGUAUGUAGUGUAUUAAGCUUAUUAUAAGCAGUCUGAGGUGGGAUCAAGAUGAAAUCUCAGGGAGUUAGGCCAGGAAAAACUUGUGUCGUUUGACAUAUAAUCCUAGGCCAAGGAGAUGUAAUAGUGUUAGAUGUCUCAUUGAUACCAGCAGUGGAAUGUUCAGUUUGAAAAUUGUUGCUAUUACCUUGAUUGAAAUAGUUUCUUGAAAAUGGUGUGAAUUCACAAUUUGUAAAGUUAGUGAUCUCCGAUACUUUCGAGACAAAUGUCUCUACUCUUAUCAGUUGGUCACCUGGAUUGUACAUUUAACGUUUGUUAAUACAACUGACACUGAAACACUCAAUCAAAUUAGAAAGAUGACAGAGAAAGAAAAAUUACAAUUUGUAACGCUAUCAUUGAGAAAAGCAUCAGAAUUUAAACAGAGAGGGUCGACCAGGGGUCCAUUCCAAGAAUGUCUGAUGGAUGAACCUUUAGUAGAGGCUUGAGCAAUGUGAAUGUCUGAAUGGUGCUUCCCUAAAUGACAUAAAGGGCAAUCAUAAUGUUCCAAUUUAGUCUAGCCUUCGCUAUACUGUAUAUGUAGAAUCCUAAAUGAGACCAUAUAUAGCUAGCUAUCAAUAAGAUAUCUGAGCUUUUUCUGUGCAAGUUUAGCAGCUAGCUUUUUCAUAAUCUGUACAUUUUUCACCCAUGAGGAAUUAUUUUGCAUUUUUAAUAUAAAUGUCUGUGGUACAAAACUUAUUCAAGAUGUCUCACAAUUACGUACUUAUGUUGUAUUUUCCUAGAAAAUUAUGUACAAUAGACUACAGUGCUUGUCAUGAUUGUGUUGUCUAUAAUACAGAGGUGACCAUGAUCACAUUGUC